CGACAAGUUAAAGAAAAGGCAGAUAUGUCAUGGCUUUUCUGUUUCACAUACAGUAACAUAAAAUAAACAUUUUAUUGAUUCAACAAAUGAAUACUUUUCUUGUUAUUCACUUCUCAAAAAUCACCAGCAGAUGAUUACAGUGUUUAUGAUUUGGUUUGAAUUCUGGGUUUUAGUUAUUUAGUUGAAUGGUGUAGUAAGAAUGGCUGCUUUGAGGUUAGCCAAGAGUAGAUCACUAGGCAGUAGUUGCUUUAGUUUUGGUAGGGAUUUGAGCAGAAUUGAGACUAGGGUUUUGUUUAGUUUGAUGAAUACUUCUAGUUUCUGUACAAAUUCAUCUGGGUUUGUGUUGGAUAAUAUUGGUGGUAAAUUUGAUUGUAAGGGGGGGAAGGAUUUAGGGAGUGAUAGGGCAAAAUGGUGUGGUACAUUUUCCGCAAUGCCUGUGAGGUUAGGGAGUAAUGUUUUGGGUUUUGGGGGGAGUUUUGGGAUGGUGAGUCAGAGGUUGUAUUCGUCGAAUGCUGUGGGUGGGAAUGUGGAUAAGAGUGGGGGUAGUGAAGUUGGGGUUAGUUCGGGUGGUGUGGAUGUGAGUGAUGGGGGUUUUGGGGGAGGGGACUGGGUCGAGAAGGUUAAGGGUGCUUGGAAAUCUGUUAUUGAUGCUGGGAAUUAUACUGGGGAAAAGGUUAAGGAAGUGUCUGAUGAACUUAUGCCUUAUGGUCAGCAGUUGCUUGAUACGCAUCCUUAUCUUAAGGAUGUCAUUGUGCCAGUGGGAUGCACUUUGACGGGUACAAUAUUGGCUUGGUUUGUGAUGCCUAAGGUUUUGAGGAGAUUUCAUAAGUUUUCAAUGCAAGGGCCUGCUCAACUGUUAUCGGGUAGCUCGUUAUGGGGUCCGGUGCCAUAUGAGAGAAGUUUUUGGGGGGCUCUGGAGGAUCCACUGCGAUAUGUCGUUACCUUCAUGGCGUUCUCCCAAAUCGCAAAUAUGGUAGCACCUACUACAAUUGCAUCACAAUACAUUUUACAGACUUGGAGAGGUGCUGUUAUUCUUUCAGUUGUAUGGUUCCUGCAUAGAUGGAAGACAAAUGUCAUUUCUCGUGCUUUAGCCUCAAAGAGCUCACAAGGACUAGUCGAUCGAGAUAAGCUGUUGGCCAUUGACAAAAUAUCAUCUGUUGCUCUAUUUUCGCUUGGUUUAAUGGCUUUAGCUGAGGCAUUUGGGGUGGCAGUGCAAUCGAUACUUACUGUUGGAGGCAUAGGAGGAGUUGCUACUGCUUUUGCAUCAAAGGACAUUCUGGGAAAUGUUCUUAGUGGGUUGUCUGUACAAAUGUCACGGCCGUUUUCAGUAGGAGAUACAAUUAGAGCUGGAUCUGUGGAAGGUCAGGUGGUAGAAAUGGGACUUACAACCACCAGAUUGUUAAGUGCGGAAAAGUUUCCUGUUAUAGUUCCGAACUCACUCUUUUCAAGUCAGGUUAUUGUGAAUAAAUCACGUGCUGAAUGGCGUGCUAUGCUCACUAAGAUACCUUUACAUAUCAGUGAGUUUGACAAGAUUCCCCAGAUUUCAGAUGAUAUAACGAAUAUGAUCAAAUCAAACUCAAAUGUGUUCUUGGAAAGGGAAGUACCUUAUUGUUUCUUGUCUAGAGUGGAAAGAUCUUAUGCAGAACUGACUCUUGGCUACAAUCUAAAACAUAUGAGGAAAGACUUGUUAUGCGCAGCAGAGCAAGAUAUUCUCCUGAAAUCCGUCCAGAUUAUCCAGCAACACGGUGCUACACUGGGCAGUACUUUUGAAGAUUCGAUUGGCCAAUGAUUCCACUUCCUGUGUUUUUGGUGACCAGCUACUGUCUCACUGAUACUGUAGCAUGUACAAACAAUCUCGAGUUUAAAGGUUUAACCUGAUCUCUAUAGUAUCUCUUACGUGAGUAGUUAUUUAGACUUGAAGCAUGAGUUGUGAUGCAGAAAGUGUGGGUUCAGCACUACGAUGAUAUGAACGGAGCUUGACAGUGUUUGUUUUGUGUUGAUCGCUUUGUUCAUACCAAAGUAGUUGUGAGAUUAGUGUGAUGGUUACCUUUUGUGAGAUUAUUGCAAGGGCUACCUUAAACCGCAAGAAAAUGAAUCUCUUUUUUGACAUUGAGCUGAUACAGCCAUAUCACUGGAAGCAUUUAUGCAUUCGUUAAUAUUUAUUAAUUCGCGGCUUCCCUUGUAA